GUUCCAUAGUUAAAAUAUGCCGUGAUAGCUCUGCAGUCAUAAAGGUCUCUAUCUGAGAGAGGUGUUAAAUACUUCAGCUUUUCAGAGCUGUGGAAUGAAUGCACAAUUCUGUACUGUUCGGGAUUCCAGAUAUGUUUCCUUUCCUAACAAUUCUGCUGGCAACAACCUGGUUGUGUGUCAUGAUACGUGCUGUUUUGCAAUCGGAACAUGGAAAAUACGCUCCGUGUCAACUCUCCCUCUGUGUGAAGAAUUAAAUCACAUAGCAUGAAAUCUCAUAAAGUAUGUAUAAAUCUGAAGACUGUGCUUAAACAGUACAUACGUUGUAUGUCUUACGUCAUUUCCUACCUGUGUUGGGAUGUGAUUGAAACAAGGGCCUACAUAUUAAAAAAAAAAAACAAAACACAAAAAACAAAGCAAAACAAAAAAACUCCUGACACUUUUGAGGAAUAAGGUAAAUUCUCAGGGAGCUUAAAAAUAAAGUUUUGAAACUAUGUUGGUUUUACAGUGCAGGCUUGUGUACAGAGAAUCAUUGUGAUAAUUUUGUGCUUAGUCUAGAAGAAAAUUCUUGUAACUCUUUUUCUGGCCAGACGAUGAACCGACUUGUCAGGCGGCGUUUGAUGCUGUGAAGCGAGUGUGGGUGGUUCUGUUAGAGCUGCUAAUGUCGCAGAUCGGAUCUUCAGAACUUUUUGUCUUAGUAGCGCUUUUUUGUAUUCUUAGUAAUAAAAUUUGUUACAGCUUAUUGCUGUGAGAAAAUAGUGGAAAUGUGACUUUUAAGUUGGUAGUAGGAAGUGUGUGGAUGUGCUAACUGUGAUUUAUUUUAAAUAGGCCAAUUUUAGAAACAUUUCCGAGAGAGGGGGUUUCACUGGCUUAACUAGAUCAGUUUAAAAACUGUUUGAAGUUAAACUUGUCAUGUAGAUGAGUAAGGCUUUAAUACAUAAUUAUUACUGGGGCCUUGUUAUAUACCUUCUGAAACUUGUUUAGCUAGUGCUUACUAAGGAUAGGUUUUUAUACAUAAAGAGGAUAAAUUCUAGCUAAACGUUGCUGUGUUCUUGGCUUUGCUCAUGCUUCGGUAAUGAACUUAGUCCAUCGUCCUGUUACAUGACUUAUGGUUUUCCAUGAAUGUUCCCUUUCUGCUAGCAUCUCUCUAUUCUUGUUGGCUGUCCUCUCCCACCACGUUGUACUUCUCCAUCUUCAUCCUAUCUUCAUUUGCUCUCUGUGGAAGACAAGUCUGAGGACUUCUGGAGAGCAAGAUUUUUUUUCAUUUGUGUGGUGUUUAUUUUUUUUCCUUCCCCUGUUAGCUGUCUGUCAAAUAUAAGGUUUCUCAAACAACAGUACUUUCCCUUCAACUCUUCUGACUUAAAUGUUUCUGUUGAAAACCUUAGUAUGAGAUUAAAAACCCCAACCACAAAACCACAAACAAAACAAAAAUAGAAUUGAGAAGGCGCUCAAAUUCAGACAGAAAUGACAAUACAGAAGAAUGAAUGUCUCUGUGAACCAAGUGCAUUUCUUUUUAGGAAAAGCUUCAAUAUUUAGUGAGAGAACAUUGAGAAGUGAUUGGUAUAGAUGCAGGAUAUUUGAAUAAAGGUGUGUUGUUCAAGAAGCGAGAGCUUCGUUCAGAAGGCAGAAAUAGUUUUAUAUAUUCCUUGAGAGAAAUUUCAAAAUGGAUUACCAUUAGAGCAAGGAGGUAGGAGCUUUAUUAUUGUAAUCACAUCCUGUGACUAGAAUACAGUAGUAUUCCUUUUAAUACAGUAUUCUUUUAAUGUAAACUUCCGGUGGAGGUGCAGGCCUCUCUGUUACAAACUUAAGCUUACCAGUAGGCAUGUGUGCUUUUUUUUCUUUAGUUACCUUUCAUGGAACCCUAUGGAGUAAUCUGCAGACCAAAAGUGGAAAUUUACGGGACGAGGUACUAGGUUUUGACAGUGACGUUGCAGGAGAAAACAAAUUCUUUCUGCAGAAAAUUUCUGGGGGGAUUUGGAUCUUCCUGCAGUAAGAUGCCAGUAUCUGCUCUCUCUGCCCAGCCUGUUGUCACUGUGACUGGGGUGGGUGGUGCAGUGGCACAGCUGAAUCUUAAUUUGCAUCAGCUAACAGGAGAACUUAAGUUGGUUAAAAGAAGCAGGUGGAGGAAAAAUCCAAGAUGUAAUAGGAAAAAAUUAUCACAGAAGACUUCUGCUGAAAGCCUACACUCUUGUCGUAUCUCAAUUAUUCCAUUAUUAUAGAACUGUACUUUGCCUCUUCUUUACAGCGACACCGAAAACCACAGCCCUAUCUCUUGAAACCGCAUUAGAUACUGUUGGAUCUCUUGCAUGUUAAAGAUGCUUCUACAGCUGCUUUCGUUAUCUAAAAUGAUAAAUCAUAGUCUCAGCUCUUAACUGUGUGUUUUCUGUUUUGAAACUGAGCCUUGAGAGUGUUCAUGUUUUUAGGUUAAUUCAGUGUAGAACUGGACAAAGAUUUCUUUAUCAAGGAAAGCACCACUGCUUUGGAGUUAAUAGGUUAAUGGUUUAAUUUUGUAAAUUGAAAAUGUUUUAGUCACGGAGACAACUUUAUUCUUAGAUUUUACACCCAAAAAACCAGCUAGCUAAAGUCUGUGGGAAUAUGAAUGUGCUUGCAAAGGUACAGCACGGAAUAUGGCCAUCCUAGCUUAUUUCUUUAAUAAUCUGAGAACAAAUCAUUUCUGCGUUUCAUUAAAUGUUAUACAAUGUGAAUACCACAGAGAACACUGAAUCAGGGCUUCUGUGGCACCAGUUUCCUGCUGGUGAGGCACAGCUCACUGGAAAGGCAUGCCAGCAGCAGCAGCGUGAAGCCCGAGCUAUUACAGCUUGUCAGGCUUGGUGGAGCUUGUGUGCGUGUUGGCACUACAGCCUCUAAUAACACAAAAGGCAGGAGGGGAGGGACGGGAUGUAACGGCAAGGGGUCUGGGAGGAGGAGGAGGGCAGGGAAAAGGUGUUGGUGGAAAGGUUGGGAGUGCAACGUUGUACUGAAAACUGUGACCCUGUUCAGGUGACUCCAUCUAUCCCGUAUCUGUAGUCCAUAAUGCAGAGAUCAGUUUGUACUGUUUGCAAGGAAGUUUGGGGAAAGUCCAUGAAAUGCUGAGAUCUAUAGUUACUGUGGUAAUGGAAUUACAGCAUCGCUAGUGAGGUGUGCAGUUCUUGAGCUGCUGUUCGAUUGCUGUUUGUGUGUGCAAGUGGUGUUGAAGUACUGAACGUGGUAGAUUUUAGGCUAAGAAUCCAUCGCCGAGUUCAGUUCUGCUUCUGGCAGUAGCUGGAAUGACACGUACUGUGUGCUGUCUCCAGGACUGAACGCGCGCUCGUGUUUAUAUCUGAUACUCACACCAAGUAGUCUAACAGAAACUUCAGUCUGUCCACUGGAGUAAAUGUCAGUGGAAGAGUCAGUGUAACUAUAUAAGGAAGUUGUGGGUUUUUUUGAAGCUACUAGCAAUUUUUUUUGUUGUUUUAAAAAAACAAAGUGAUAAAGACAAUAGGGGUCAGAUUAUACUGUUUGCAUAUUCAAACCUACUCAGUCGUAAUUGUAGGAAUGUAAGUGUCAAUGAAGACAGAAGUGGGGAGCCACAUUUCUUUCCUAACGUAAAUGCAACUUUUCAGAAAACUAGCGGUAAAAGAAGGUAAAGGUAAGGUGAGAGCAAGAGAACAGAAUUUAUGGCCUUCUCUUUUAUUGGGGAGAAGCAGCCUGGAGAAAGGCAUAGAAGCUAGUGGGUGUUUUCCUUUUCGUUUACAAGUUGUAUAUACUCACGCCAUCAGCCUUCUGGAAUGGCAAAUAACAGAGAUGCGAUUGAAUAGAGGCAUUGUUCUUUUUGAAUAUAGAACAUACUGCUUCAUUUUUAAUUUUAAAUUGUUAGAAAAAUCACCUGGAAUAAAUUCAACAUCCUUUUCUAAGGUAAGGAAAAAUGAAUGAGUCGUUAAGCUCAAGUGUAAUAAGCAGCACUAAGAAUGGUCUCCAUUUCCUCCCCUUGUUUUUAGUAGAGGUUUGCCUAAAGAUGGAGUUAUUCUGUAGUUUGAAUUCACACUGAACUUUAAUCUGGAUUGCUCGCUUGUGAGGAAGCCAUAAGCAUCCAGUGUAUUGUUUUGAUGAGGCUCUCUAUUUUAAAUUAAUGACUUAAUUCAAUAUUGCAGCUUGUAAUUAAAAGCAUUUUUCUGUAUUCCUUAAGAAGGAUCUCAGUCAUAUUUUCUUACAAUUUAAAUCUAUCCUUACUACUAAGGCUAUUACUAUUAUUAAGUGAAAAUAGAUCAAUUAGUAAUAAUAAAAGAAAAGUUACUAAUACUACUAAAGUCUAUCCUAACUAUUAAUAAGCUUAUUGAUAGUAAGGAUAAGAGAGUCCUUACACUUUCCUCCUAUGUUCUGAUGCUGCUCUUCUGCCACUCAUCCCCAUUUAUAAGUGACCAGUUGUUAUAAAUAACAAGCAGAUGAGAACCAGCUUGCCAGUAUUUCAAAAAUUUGGAUGAUAACUCUGAAGGCCUAGGUUGCAGGAAGAAGGUGGGAGGGAAAAAGAAUAAGACUAGCACUUGGUGGCUUUUUCUAGUUGACGUGGUCCGUAAGAGGUUUGUGGGCUAGAAAGAAGGACUGUUAUUAGUUUCUCCCCUACCGCUUUUUACUGAAGCAGUGAUGUCUCCUGCUUCGGCACUCUGGUCUUUUUUUCUUCUUGCAGUCUUUCACGUAUUCACUUUGGAAAAUUGGUCAUAACUUAGAAAGUGAACUGGACUGAUGCCUUAUUUCUCCCAUUCACCUCCAACCCUGACACCCGCUGACACCAUUGAUGCCUGAGAGUAAUUCCGAUUUCCAUGGAUUGUAUCACUUCCCGCAUUAUGAAGCGAUACAUCCCUAUCUUACGGGGUCGGGGCGAGUAACCAGGCUUACUAGAGCAGCAAAAGACCUGUAUUAUUUACCCCAAGCAAAAUAAUAAAAUUGCUGACUUGAGAAUUAACCUUCCUUGAAUUCUUUUGUACUGAGUGGCAGUUAUGCCAUAAAAAUCCUAUCUAGAUUAGGUCUGCUGAACCUAACAAUGUUAUAGGCUUGAAGGCAAUGUUGCUUAUCCAAUACUCCAGCUCCUUAUUAAAAUAUUUAACUUCAUACUACAACACUAAGAAAUUAGAAGCAGUCUGGCACAACAAGAAACCUGAAGUUGUGAAGAGAGUUAUCUGAGGGCCUUAAAACAUGGCCAAAUGUCAAGACAGCUCCUUUUUUCCUUUUUUUCCUCCCCCCCCCCCCCCCAGCUCUGGUAGGCCAACUGGGUGUAUACAUUGCUUUGUGGUUAGAAAGCUGGGCAACUGCUCACUGAGAGACCAGAAGGACUUCUAGAGGGAGGGGCUCCAUCGAGAAUGUGAAAGACAUCACACAUGAAUCCUUGGCAGGAUCUGGGCACAGUUCCUAUAUGGCCAGAAUAGGAAAAGACAUCUCAUCCGGACAGUGAGGAGUGCGAGAAGAGCUGAGUUAUUUGCCGUGCUGGACUCUAAAGUGCUGUUUUUCUACAGGGUGCAUUAUUAGCAGAAAACCUCAGGAAAUCGUCUAACAACCGCCUGAAUAAAGAACCUUCAAUAGUUAAUAUUUAAGAUAACACUAUAACAGAUGUUAAAUUUGAAUGAAGCUCUGACCAUAUCAUCCCUUCCUUUCCUAGGGCUUAGUUUGUUGAAUUCUUAAGGAUAAUGGAUAAGUCCAUUACCCUGUUGUACAUCAUCUGACCCAACAACUAACAUUAAAAAUGCCUCAGUCACAGUAUCACAUAGUUUCUGUACUCCAAAGCAUGUGAAGCAAUGAGCAGCAGAGGAAGAUACACAGGUUCCAUAUAGAUUCCUUUGCCCAUGUAAUAUCAAGGGACUAUUAGCUGCAGCUUUGAGUUUUCUUUAUCUCUUACAAAACACUGCAAGUCUUUUCCCUAUCUUUCUCUAACGGUUCUUAACAGAAAGCCAAUGUGAAAGUUAAACUUUUCUGUAAACUGCAGAGUGUAAUAAAACUUAAUGAUGGCCCACAGUUUUUUUUAGUUAGUAAUUAAAAGAAGACAGGGCUUAACUUUCACUAUUCCUUUUCAUAUUCUGACUGUAUAUAAUCUCUGUGCAGAUCCUGGCAGGGAUUCGUAUAUGCUGUCUUCUACAUGAUUGCUGGGUCCCCUCUAUCUUUUGCAUCGCAGUAACCAUUUGUGGAAACCCUGUUCUCCUCCUCUUCCUCCAGCCCGUGUCUGUUAGGACACCACUAUCCUCGCAGAUGUCUUAGAAACCUUGUGUUUUAAGGGAAUAUUGGGCAGGAAUUUGCCAUCCUGUGUUCAGCACUUCUGGAAUGAAGCUGCUUUACUGACCUGGGCCAUAGUCUUAACUGCGUCUGCCCUGUGGUGUUGUCACUGGCUGGGAAUAUCUUCCCCUCUCCACCUGCUGCUGAGGAACGUCAACCUGGCUUGCCUCUGAGACACUUGGGUUCAGGGUCAGUGAGGGCCAACAGCAGCUGCUCCCACCAACACUAAGGAAACCCGGGGACUCCUCCAGAGCUGUUUUUGCUCUUGGUGGGUGGAGAGCAGCAGCUGCAGCUGUGCUGCCAGCCCGGCAGAUCAGGGCCUGCCUGCCCUCCCUGCUGUAGACUCCUACGGACCUUGCCAGCACCAUCGGGUGAAAAGGGGCUACCAAGGAGUAGCUCGGGAUUCAAGCUUGUUACUGCUGUGCUCAUAGGGGCCAUCCCCUUCUUGGCUGCCAGCAUCUGCAGGUUAUUGCUGUUCGCAGCAGCUCCUACGUGUUGCUCGUGUCUCUCAAGGAUGGGUUAUUCCCAGUGGUUCCCAUCUGCAUCUCCAUAUCCCUAUUUUAGGGUACUUCCCUUCUUGCUGGCUCUGCAGGUCCUGCACAUUUGCAAGCUGGAACACAGAAAAUUCCAAUUGGACAUAAGAAAAGUUUUUGUUUUGCCAUGAGGGUGGUCAAAUAUGGGAGCAGGUUGCAGGAGAGGUUGUGGGAGCUCUGUCUUUGGAAAUAUUGAAGACUUGACUGGAAAAGACCUGAGGAGUUUAAUCUAAUUGGACCCUAAGGUCCCGUCUGACCUAUAUUAGUCUCUUAUGAUACCCUGCAUUUCUGGAGAGCCCCUUCAAGGAGAUGUAUUCCUGCCGCUUGCUUUGCUCGUCUUGAUUCUUUCUAACCUGAUCACGGUGAACAUGUUUAUUUGUCAUUAUUUGUUUCCUGCAGUUCUGGAGGCAAAACAGCUUACCGCUAGCUGAGGCCAAGCUUGUAAGCUUCCUCCAAGGUGCAGUGCCUCAUCUCUGGGCAAGGGAUGGUAUCAGUGACCCACCUGGAGGUAACUAAGUCCCUAUGCAGGUGCUGGUGUUGUUGGCACCCUAUAAAAAGGAAUAUAUGAGGUGGUCUUGUUGCUGUGCUGUCUGCAGGUUGGGAUCAGCAAGCAAGGCACAUGAAGUGCUGCAGGGGUAUAUUGAAUUAAGAUCCAUAUACUGGCAUGCACAGCUAGAAAACGUUUUGAAACCUUUUCUCAAGGCAUCCUUUCUGCCCUGUUGUCCGAUAUUAGGAACUUUAACGGAAAGUGGAGCUUCCAAAGAAGUCUUCCUUAACAGUAGUUUCAUUUUGAGACUGUAUUUUUAGAAAAAUGGUGUUAGAGAUGCUUCCUAUCCACGAACAUAGGCAACGUUAACCCAAUGCUGAAACAUUCUUGGAGUUGUGAAAACACCACCUGAUUAUUAAAUAUGCGUUAGGACUUGCUACACAAGGCAACUUAUUGAUAUAAUUACACUAGCAUAAUUAUACUCGGAGACUUUCCUGUGUCAACAGGCCCUUAGCUGCAACUAGUUUGGCCCCUUCUUAUUUAGUAACUCAUUAGGCCUCUGACUGCAUGUUAAAAUUAUGUAAUUUAUGGCUAAAAAACUUUAAGUGCAAGUUUAGCAUUGAGCGGCAGGGCUUCCAGAAUACCAAGCAAACCAGCAGUUAAGCUUUAAAAAGUUUUAGAAUUAAAGACAAAAAGAAUUAAUGUUUUAAGUCUGGGAAACAGCUAUAAAUCAAAUUGUCCUGAAAAUCGGCAGUUACACAGUUGCAUGGGUUUCCGCAAAGGAGACGAGCUGAGCCACAUGUUCAAAUGUGGGGUUCGCUGACAUCUUUUAGAUACUAGGAGUGUCUGGGCCAGGCAACUCCUUGAGUCACGCUCUUGUCUCUGCUUUUGAUCCGCGAUGGUAUGGUGGAGGAGAGGCCUGCGUGCAGGCUGCCUCGCGUCCGCACUUCUGUUCAGAGUUUGCAGGACUCCGCCUUUGCGCUAGCGUAGCCUUUCCGUGUCGGUGGCCAGCGUCUGUGCCACUUUCUUCUGGCAGGAAGUAUCGCUCGAGGUUUACUUUCGUUUCAGAAAGUGCCAUGAAGCUGUUAUUUUUCCACUUUCUGUCUUCCCCCAGAUCUCUCUUUUUUUUGGUAGAAAUUGCCUUCUUAAGAUUGAUAGCUCUGAGCAUUUGGUCUGUGUAAAUUGGAUGGAUUAUAAUAGGAAGCCUGUUUUUCAUAAUAAAAAUAAGCCUAAAGACAAUGUACUGGCACCUCGUUGUUCAGUAUCCAGCCUAACUUACUUCAAGCCUUAAAAUAAGAGUUCUGUGUUUUCUUCGUCAUCUUGACCGUUAUAUCAAGGCUGAAACUUUCUUGUUAUUUGUAUCAUCAGGGAGCAAUAGGUGAGGCGCUUCAGAUAUGUAUCACGCCGAUGCUCUCGUUUACUAGGCUUUCAUCUUUCUUCUAAUUCAUCCUUCCCUUGACAGCGCUUUAAAAGUAAAAUCCAGGUAUGCAUGUGGAUCUCGGCACACUUUGAAAUAUUGGCCCUGAAAGCAUAAUCCGUGCUGUCGAAGGAGUCUCCGAAAAACAGGAAUGGAUCGAACAAUGCGGAGUGCUUGCCCCCCCUCCACCGUUGCCACCACCAAUACAGGGAUAUGCCUUCAAACCCCCGCCUCGACCAGAUUUUGGUACUUCUGGGAGAACAAUCAAACUGCAGGCCAACUUCUUUGAAAUGGACAUUCCUAAAAUAGAUAUCUACCAUUAUGAAUUGGAUAUAAAGCCAGAAAAAUGCCCUAGAAGAGUUAACAGAGAAAUAGUGGAGCAUAUGGUUCAGCACUUUAAAUCACAGAUUUUCGGGGAUCGCAAACCAGUGUUUGAUGGAAGAAAAAAUCUUUAUACAGCUAUGCCGCUUCCCAUCGGGAGAGAUAAACAGGUGGAGUUGGAGGUCACGCUGCCAGGAGAAGGGAAGGACAGAAUAUUUAAGGUGGCUAUAAAGUGGAUGUCCUGUGUGAGUUUGCAGGCUUUACAUGAUGCUCUUUCUGGUCGGCUGCCAAGUGUCCCAUUUGAGACCAUCCAGGCACUGGAUGUAGUCAUGAGGCACUUGCCUUCCAUGAGAUAUACUCCUGUGGGGCGAUCUUUUUUUACAGCAUCAGAAGGGUGCUCAAAUCCGUUAGGUGGUGGCAGAGAAGUUUGGUUUGGAUUUCAUCAAUCAGUCAGACCUUCAUUAUGGAAAAUGAUGUUAAAUAUUGAUGUGUCUGCGACCGCAUUUUACAAAGCACAGCCAGUUAUUGAGUUUGUAUGUGAAGUUUUGGACUUCAAAAGUAUUGAAGAACAACAGAAACCUCUGACAGAUUCCCAAAGGGUAAAGUUUACCAAAGAAAUAAAAGGUCUAAAGGUGGAGAUAACACACUGUGGACAAAUGAAAAGAAAGUACAGAGUGUGCAAUGUCACCAGACGACCAGCAAGUCACCAAACAUUCCCACUUCAGCAGGAGAAUGGACAAACAGUUGAAUGCACUGUAGCUCAGUAUUUUAAGGACAGGCACAAAUUAGUUCUACGCUAUCCUCACCUUCCAUGUUUACAAGUCGGACAGGAGCAGAAACACACGUACCUUCCUCUUGAGGUGUGCAACAUAGUGGCAGGACAAAGAUGCAUAAAGAAACUGACGGACAAUCAAACUUCCACUAUGAUUCGGGCAACCGCCAGAUCAGCACCUGACCGUCAAGAAGAGAUUAGCAAAUUGAUGCGGAGUGCAAGUUUUAAUACUGACCCUUAUGUUCGUGAAUUUGGGAUAAUGGUCAAGGAUGAGAUGACUGAUGUGACCGGCAGAGUCCUACAACCUCCCUCAAUCCUCUAUGGAGGCAGGAAUAAAGCAAUUGCUACCCCAGUUCAAGGUGUUUGGGACAUGAGGAAUAAGCAGUUUCAUACUGGAAUUGAAAUAAAGGUUUGGGCAAUUGCAUGCUUUGCUCCCCAGCGCCAAUGCACGGAAGUUCAUCUGAAGUCCUUUACGGAACAGCUGAGGAAGAUUUCAAGAGAUGCGGGAAUGCCAAUCCAGGGGCAGCCGUGCUUCUGUAAAUAUGCCCAGGGCGCCGACAGCGUGGAGCCCAUGUUCAGGCACCUGAAGAACACGUACACUGGGCUGCAGCUCGUUGUAGUAAUUUUGCCAGGGAAAACGCCAGUCUAUGCGGAGGUGAAGCGUGUUGGUGACACCGUGCUGGGAAUGGCCACGCAGUGUGUUCAGAUGAAAAACGUGCAAAGAACGACACCGCAAACCCUGUCUAACCUUUGCUUAAAAAUAAAUGUCAAAUUAGGAGGCGUAAAUAAUAUUUUACUGCCACAGGGAAGACCACCAGUAUUUCAGCAGCCUGUCAUAUUCCUUGGUGCAGAUGUAACUCAUCCGCCAGCUGGGGAUGGAAAAAAGCCUUCUAUUGCUGCAGUUGUAGGAAGCAUGGAUGCCCAUCCUAAUCGAUACUGUGCCACUGUCCGGGUCCAGCAGCACCGCCAAGAAAUCAUCCAAGAUUUGGCUGCCAUGGUCAGGGAGUUGCUUAUUCAGUUCUACAAAUCAACCAGAUUUAAACCAACUCGCAUUAUUUUCUACCGAGAUGGCGUUUCCGAGGGGCAGUUCCAACAGGUUCUCCAUCAUGAAUUGCUGGCUAUUAGAGAAGCAUGCAUUAAGCUAGAAAAGGAUUACCAGCCUGGAAUUACGUUUAUAGUUGUGCAGAAAAGGCAUCACACCAGACUCUUCUGCACAGAUAAAAAUGAACGGGUUGGAAAAAGCGGAAACAUUCCAGCUGGUACCACAGUGGACACAAAAAUCACCCAUCCGUCAGAGUUUGACUUCUACCUGUGUAGUCACGCUGGUAUUCAGGGAACAAGCAGACCUUCUCAUUACCACGUCCUCUGGGAUGACAAUCGUUUCUCUUCAGACGAACUGCAGAUUCUUACCUACCAGUUGUGUCACACGUAUGUACGCUGCACUCGUUCUGUGUCAAUCCCUGCGCCAGCAUACUACGCGCACCUGGUUGCCUUCAGAGCCAGGUAUCAUCUGGUGGAUAAAGAACACGAUAGUGCUGAAGGAAGCCACACUUCUGGUCAGAGUAAUGGCAGAGAUCAUCAAGCACUUGCUAAAGCAGUUCAAGUUCAUCAGGACACGUUGCGCACUAUGUACUUUGCUUGACAUGUUUUAAUGUUUAGCGACUCAGUACAGUACAGAGUUGGAUUCACAUGAGACCAGCUGCACUUAGACCAACAGUUGCCCAAGCUACAGUGACAGCCAGCAGUGAGUGAUGCAUCUUAAUUUUUUUUCCCUUUUGCAAGAAAGCCUUCCGUCCAGAAUUUCAGACUUGAUUAUGAACUGCGUUCUUCUACAAAACCCCAGAAUUGUUGGAAAUGUGGUUUGCCAAAAUCUCUAAGCUGCUUGUUACAAAACAGACCCAUAUUUUAUAAUUAAAUCAAGAGCUGUGAUCUCAGGGCUUAGGGAAACCUCCCCCACAAAACUCUUUGUUCAGUUUGCUAUUCAUUUUAAUUGCUUUUAAUAAUUUGGAAAGAUCUAAUUCACACUAACGUUGAUGGGCUUCAAUGCUGUGAACUAGCUUUUAAUACAAAGGAAAGCGAAGCAUUUUUUGACUAUUUAUGCCUUGAUUACUCUAGAUGCAUUUACAAAACUUUAUUUUCAAAAGGAAAAAGUGACAAAAUUCUGGUUUUCAACUGUCUUAAAAAGAUUAUUCUCUGUGUGUCUAAGGGUAAAUGUAUUUUCUGAAGCUUGUCCUUGAAUGUUUUUUAUUGUGCUGCAUUUAAAAAUGUUUUUCAUAGACUAAAUAUGAAAUUUAAAAAAAAAAAAAAAAAAAAGAACUUGUACCUAAACUUUUAAUAGGUCCAGUUAGAUUGGCAAAGGAAAAGGUGCCAUUUAAAAAAAAAAUUUGUAAAGAAUUUUUUUUAAAUCAUACUGACAGCUAAUUUUAGAAUUUGUCAUACAGGACUGUGACACUUACUUUCCAAAGUCUCUAAAGAAUACGGGUCUGUGGUGAUAAAUACAGUACAAUCCUUUUUCACUGUUAUGUUUGAAUUAAUGUAAAUUUUAUAUAUGUUUCACAGUAUUAAUGUGAUAGACUAGAUGCUAUUAUUUAUUUUUAUUUACUAAGGAGUGCUCAUUAUACUUCUGUUAACAUAUCAAGAAUGCUUUGGAUGUAGAAAUUAAAACCUUAUCGUGGGGACACGGCUAUUCAAAUGCAGAAAUAUGCAAUCGACUUUGACGUGAGAGUCCGGCGAUACCUACCGCGUAUGUUGUCUAGCUUAUAACCUGUAAGCGAGGCUUUUCGAGCGCUCACGCGCGCGCCGUCGCGGGUUUUACUUGUGCAGUUCGGAGACGCACACACGAGACCAACGUUCUGCAUUCGCUCAAGCACAAAACAAUUUGUAUUUUAUUUAUAUGCUGAUUACCGGUGAAGCAGGUGCUCUGAUAGAGGAGGGUGGUUCGCUGUUUGUAACGUAGACAGAAGUCGGAGAAUCUAUGCAGUAAAGAUAAAUCUUAGGAAAACUGAAGUUUACUGACGAAGGGGGGUGAAGCUCUCUUCAUUAUGCAUCAAGCCAAGAGGAAAGGUGAGGGUUUUGCCCUUCUCUUAGGAGAAGCAUUAAGUCAAACUGAUGAUUAUUACACAGACGCUUCUGUUAGUUUGCACACUGGGUUCAUAGCAAGCCGUAAUACCUAGGGAAACCGUUGCACUAAUUGCGAUGCCGCGAGCAGGCUUCGAGGAGAACAGAGCGAGCCCAGGAGACUGGUCGAUGCUGGCUCGGUUUGGUUUGGCUUUCAUAGGAGGACUGAAAUAGGUGUUCAGAGGCAGGCUCUUAAAAUUUCGUUCUCUCCCACGGACUUGUUUUGCUUUCUCUUUUCUCUUAGCAGAUGCUUAGUCACUGUUUCGAGCACAUUUACCUCUAGCCACGGAGCUGGGCCGAUAGCUUUAACCGAUCCCGAGGUCUGUGCCAUGCAGUGGAUAGACGAGAACGGGUUGCUCUUGAAUAAGCUAGAAAACGCCCACUUUUGCUGCGUGAAAGCUUUAGGUACAUAACUUUGUGCAAGUUCAGCUCCCUGCCUUGUAGCAGUGUCUUGGUCGUCAUCGUCGUUUAGCUGAAAUAACAAUGUAAAUUCUAUUAAUAGAGUAACUGUAGUAUUCUUGUUGAUUAGGCUUGCUGGGUCGGCGUUUCUUCUUGGUCUUAGUUAGGUAAAUCCAGACUUACAAUUAUGCUGGGGUAACAGAAAGCAAAGUCCAGGUCGCGUUUCUCUUUCUGUUUUCCAGCCGCCCUUAAAAGUCCUGCUGAACUGCGAAAGCUUUGCCAUAGUGGAUGAGUUGUGCUUCUCCGUGCGUUUGCUUGGGAGGUUUCGGGAUUCAGUGCAGAUUUGGAUUUGGCAAAUUUUUAUAUGUGAAUUAUUUUUUUACGAAUUAUUCUGAGCAAAGCGGAAGAAGAUCAGCCAUUUUAAAGCACGCUCUGUUUCAUUUGCUCUUCGUUAGGCAGGGCCCUCUUGGAUGUGAAAUUCCUCCUCCCCUUUCCUCUCUUGCAAACCUGGCAUGAAUGGCUCUAUAGGGGUGGCCGGAGAGGGUGAAGAGGACAGAUCCCGCAUCUCACCUCUGAAGCAGGCGGUGGGACUGAGUUAUACCCUAUUUUGGGUGUAUUCCCUGGGCCGGAGUAGGAGUCCCAGCUCCCUUCGUGAGGAGCAUCAUGCGGACCCUCGAUCUGAGCAUAGCUGUCGCUUCUGUCCGUCGCGAUGAGCAGAAAUUUAGCAUGGCUUUCUUUCCCAUGGAGAACUUGGGAUGGUUAGGUGUGUUUCAGACUUUUUUUUUUUUUUUUUUUUUUUUAACCUUUUACAGCUUUUUAAGGCUGUGGCACUGUUCAUCCUCUGACUUUGAUUUCCCUGCCUGCCCCCCAGCCAAAUGGUGAAAUGGCGAAUAACUUAAAGCAUUUUUUUUUCUUAAAUCUUUUCAUGGAGCAUGUGGUUUGAGAAGGACAGCAUGCGAUACGCCCAGCAGCUAUCGUUCUGGGAAGGUUUUUAAUAUAAAUAACGUAUUCAAAAAUGCCUCCAGUCAAGAACAACACUCUUGUCUCUAUUUUUCUGACCUCUGCUAAAAACAGCACUAUCUCAGGUAAACGCAUGAGCAGACACUCGGGAACAGAUCGAAGACGACAACACUGCAAAGCUCAGGACGUCUGUAGCUCGCACGCGUUCCUGCCGUUGACGUGGAGGCAGUUGAGGUUGGUAGCUGUAACCACUAAGUCACCACGCAGCUCAGGUCAGCGGUAACCGAGCGCGUUUUACCGCCUGGCAGUUGGUUUUGGAGCCCGUGCGAAGGAGGCGGCACGGUGGCAGUCGCAGAAGACGUCUUGUGCACAAACUGUCCCCAGCCCAUCACGCCGUUUCCCACAUGUUUAGGAGCAGCUCGCCCUUGAAGAAGCGUGCUUGAGAGAUGAGCAGAUGUGAACAGGGCGCCCCAAUCAUUUUCCUUUCGUUGCUGUUGUUGUUCACAAGUAGUAACACUAUUGAAAUAAAAAUCUUCAAAUAUUGGAAGGGGUCGGGGAAGCUCCGUCCUCGGGGAGGCUCAGGCAGGGCUGGCUGCCACCGCUCCAAGCCCAGCGCAGGGCUGGAGACCUCCCAUGAGCCCUUCCAACCCCGCCAAAAACUAGAGUAGCCAGUGCAAAAUGCUGCUAGGGGUUUUUUUGUUUGUUUUGCAUACUAAAUAUAAUACUAUAAUUAGGUUUGCUUGAUUUUUACACUUUUCUGCUCUGGUGACCCAGCAGAAAUAACCUGUGCGCCCUGCCUCCUGCAGCACCUGGGAAGGAGAGUUGAGUCAAUCCCUAGGAGAGGACACGUCCUAUGGCGAAGUGUCAGAAGCAGGUGACUUUCUCUCUGCCUUGGUUCAGUUCGGCACCUAAGGUCGCCCUGGGCAGCCUGAACGCUUUCCCUUCAGUUGUCGUGUCUGCGCUGCCAGACGGCGUGAGGUCGCUUGCUCGUGUCGGAGCUUGUUUUGGCUUGAUUCAGGUUAGAUGAUUUCAGCUAUGGUAAUUGGAUUGCUAAAUUAUUUUCGCAGUAAUCAAUGACCUCCCAUGUUGUGGAAGCUUUGUCAGAUCGACUUGCUUCCUUCUCGAUUUGUCGGAUGAAAAACUUUCAGAUUAUUUUGCCAUUUGUCCAAGACAUUUGGAAGGUGGUGUGUAUUCAACUGCAGGAGCCAGCGUGCGAAAAUUUACCUCUAUGUUUGAAACAAAAAAUCCAUAAUAUAUACACCCUUGAUCUUUUUCCAGGCCAAAAUGGUUGUUAAAGCCAAACUGUUGCUAAGGUUUAGCUUUAAUUCCAGCUCGAUCAGUAGCUCUUACAGCCGUUGUAGAGUUUUUAACUGAAGUCUUCUUAAGAUAUCAGUCGAUUGCUUUUCUAACUAAGACAAAAGCUACCUACCCUUAUGCAAAGCUGCAAGUAGUCGAAAUGCAGGAUUGGGCCCUGGAUUUGGAGCUUUGGAUGGCCAGACUUGCCCCUUGGUGUGAUGCAGUGAACGUUUCUGGUGGCAUGGAUGACCCAUAAGGGGUUUUUUUGUUUAGUUGGUUGGUUUUUUUUUUUUUUUUUGGAAGAGAUCUCUUACACGCAAAAAAGGAAUGUAAAAAAGAGUUCUCACUCUGUGUUUUUCACACUUGAUACCAGCGUGCAAAAAUUACCUUUUUUUCUAUUUUUUUUAAAUACUCUUCUCCUACAGUAACAUCUCUUUUUGUGCGUUUGUCCCGCCAGUGCGGUGCUCUCAGUUUCUAAUACGGGGCAGUACUUGUUUGGCUUUUAUCUUCCACUUGGUGACAUGCUUCUGGAUGCACACGUGCAGCCUUUUUUUAAGGAAAACUUCGAGCAGAAGGUGAUUGCACUGAUUUUUUUUUUUUUUUUUAACUCCCUUUUUACUGUAAGACUUCUCUUUUUUGGCAUCUGCUGUAGCUGUUUGACAAUACUGUACAUAGUGCUACAUCUAGCAAAUACCGAAAUGCUGUGGAUACCAUUCCUUGUUGUAUUUUAGGGAUACUGCCGUAUUUUACAGUGUUGAGAUACGAGCUUUGGUUUUAAAUGUCGUUCGACUUUUUUUGCAUUAUGGCAUGAAUCCAAGGGCACCGUCGCUUUAUCGAUUCCAGUGGAAAUAUUUAGGGUUUGUCUGUAUUUAUGAAAAUAAUUCUUCCCUCUCUCCUCUAUGCACGUUUCUCCCACGCCAUGAGAGUACAAAGACAUUUAAGCUACUGUUGCCUCUCGCGUUGCCCGGCUUAGCAAGCCGUUGGUCUGACAUUAAAUAGCCUUUUGCUCCUCUGACCCCCGAGGGACGCUAGCAGCGCGGUUCGCCCCCGGUUUUGGGGUCGAGCGGCUGGGAAGGCGCCUUUCCCCAGGACACCGGUGCUCCGAAGGCCGCGGCUUGGCACGAGCGCUUGCUGCAGCGCGGCACCCGUUUUCUCCCGUUUAGGGCGUUUUGGUUGUUGUCUCUGUGCCGUUUCUUUGCCUCAAGUGUUCGUGUGAAUGCAACAGCUCUUUGUCCCUGUGCCCCGUCCGCAUGCUGUCCUUCCCGGGCGGAAAAUCGCUUCCCCGCUCCAGCUUUUGGCUGGAGAAACUGCCAUGUUUUCACUGAUGAAGGUGCUUGAAAUAUGUUUGGAGCCGGAGGGAGAAAUGACGUGUCGGGAUGUUUUUUAAAAAUACCUUUUAGGUGAGUUGACCCGCAACUGUGCCAGGGAGAAUACUGUAGUCCCCACUGCUACCACAACCGCUAAACCUUAAAAUGCAAAAAAACCCAAACCCUCUGCAGCAUGUUUGGGAAUAAGGAGCGCGUCAGCUCUGCUGGCAAGCCCCGCUGCCGGCUGGCCCGCCGCGAGCCCACCACGAGCUUAUCGAUGACAGUGGUACUCCAGGCAGGAAAGUGUCUUUGGAGCCCAAGCGAUUGCAAAAAUGAUCUUACCGGCUAGUGGCUGGCCGGGUUGAAGUUGGAAGCCUUGGUCCAGCUCUGUUAUCGCUUAGGCAGCUUGGAUCCCCCAGAAGCAGGGAGGAAAAGAUUUUGCCCUCUAGUAAGCGGCCGCUUUUCAGAAACUGUCUCACUGCGGCUUGUGCUUCGGCUCUGUGGAUGCUCUCGAUGUUGCCUGGCUUGGAAGAGGCUCCGCCGCGUGGGCUUAGGAAACGUCGUCCUCUGAAAAGCUGAAUAUUUGCGUUACAAAUCCACAUUAGAGGCGAUGCUCUUUUUUUCCGUAAUCAUUUUGAUUUUUUUCUCCCCCACCUUUUGGAUGUGCCGUCCUCCUGGGCUGCUUUGGCUUUGUUCAGUCUUUCUCUCCUCCUUAAGAGCAACUAAAACAGCUGCUAGCGUAACUACUAGCUCAUGGUCAGCAGGAAUUGCAGAAGUGACUAAAUUGUCCCCAAAAAUAUAAAUUGAAGGUCCUGAUGACCGCGUGAUGCUUUUGGGCAUGCUUGGCAGGCGCGAGCUGUGAAGGGCGGCAGCGAGCUUGGGAGCUGCUAUAGCCCGGGCUGGUUGCCUUGGUAUUUGCUCGGUCGGGUUAGAUUUCCUGCUAGAAAACAAAUAUAUAUAAAUCACAUUUAGCGUGAGCUCAGUAUUCUGUCUUUAUCAGCUCGGCGCGGUGAAAACCAAGCCCGCUGGUGCUGCUUUCGCAGUUGCUGCCGGGUUUUGUCGUGGGCCGCGCGAGGCUGCGCCCAAAAGCGCUCGUCCCCCUAGAAGCGAUGCCCUUCCACCUCGAGGGACCGCGCGUCUCCCAUCGCCUGGCCAACCUGAAUUCGUAGCGCUCCUUUAGGUCUGUCGGUGACGCUUAAUCCCCAGAAUGGUUCCCGCUUAAAAGAAGGUGGUAGCUUUUUUUUCACCCCGUUUUUUUAUUACCUAGUUUGGGGCAGUAGGAAUAGUUAGUGGGUUUUGGUUACGUGGUAGGGGGAAGGAUUAGAUAUUUUAUAUGUUUGCUUAAGGACGAUAUACUUAGGGAAUAAUUUACCAUAGACCGUCGGGGGAAAGAUUUUUUUUUUUUUUUUUAACGUUUUGUAAACGAGGGCAUUUGCUCAGGAAAAAAAUGUAAGGAGUAUGUUCCAGAAUUACAUAUUCUUGAAAAAUCAGACCAUAAAUUGGGUGCGGUGAAGAAGUACACCCGGUGAAGCUGUGUGCUCUCCUGAAGAACGCUGCCUUGCAUUUUAUGAAAUUUGCUGAUGCAGUUUAGCAAAUUUUAUAUAUAUAUAUUUGUGUGUGUGUGUAUAUAUAUUAUAUGUACACAUACAUAUAUACAUAUAGACACAUGCCUGUUGGUGAAAGGAAAAUGGGAAAUUCUUAUAUAUGAAGAUACAAAGGCAGAGUUUUGUUGGGGCGAUGGGCACAGUUUCACUGACCCCAGCAGGAUUUCAUUAGUUUGUACGAUCGGGAAAACUGGCAAAAUUUAGGGCAGUUCAUAAAUAAAGAUCCAGCUCCCGACUUCUGUGCAGCCAAGUUGUAAACCUGAUCGUGGGAGGGCGAGAUGGAAAACCGAAUGUAUCACUUAAACAAUUUAAACCCUUUUUUUUUUUUUUCUUUCACCCCCCUUACGUUUGGUACACUGCAGAUUUAACUGACAUCUGCUGAGGUUUCAGCUGUCUGUUUUAACCCUUUUCAAUUUUUAUUUUUAUAAAAUAGUUGAGAAAGAACCAAAAAUGAGUCCGGAAAUUGUGUUGUACGUGCUCCCUCGAACCAAAAUGUUUUUAUGACCGUUUGAAGUUUACUAAUUUUUUUUUUUUUUUUUGGAAAAGAGAAAAAAAAGAGCAAGCCAAGCCGCGGAGGGCCUCCUUGGCCAACACACCCGCGUCGAAGGGUCUCGUGCUCGUGCCGUGCUCAGGAGCCAAAACCCAUCCGCGGAGAUGCCCUCGCGUGAGGUUUUCGCGCCCUGUGGCAUUAGGCAACGGGGGGCUUCGGAGGCGGCCGGGGCGCCAAUUCCCAAAUCGCGGCUUUUCCCGGGCCGGCGUCGGACGCUUUGCAUAGAGGCGCGUAAAGCGUCGGGGGCCCGGCUCGCUUUUCGAUUCGGAUCUACCUCAUUUAAACAGUUGGGUGCUAUUUCCUCGAAGCUGGGAGCGACCAGGCUGCCGCCCGGGUUUUCUUCUGUGUGCCUUUGCGGUUGUCCCCAGCGCGACACAAGCCGAAAGCCGCGUCCUGGAUGAAAAACAAACGGCAAAUGAAGGUUAGCCGCGGAGCUUAACAAGAAAAAAAAGAGCAGCAAAACGUAGUUUUAGCAAAUGUUAAGGUAUUUUUUGGUGUAUCAGAUCAGCAAAUAUACAGGAUCACAGCAGAGCUAGGCAAAGAGAUACCUAGGAAUGAAUUUUUCAAAAGAUAGAACCCCAGCCCUGGAUAUAUGCAUUUCCACAUGUACCUAUCUAUAUACACAUUACACAGGAUUGUGCUUGUGUGCCUGCGUGUGUCCGGGCACGUAUAUAAAAUGAAGGGAUGCAUGUAUAAGGGGGAGGGAAUAAAAUGUCCUUGCGUUUUCCACGCAGUUUUGUAUUUAACAGUUUACAACUCUGUACACGUUUUUCUACUCUGUAAACCUUUUUUACUUAGAGAUGAUUCCUUUGGGGAAAAUUUUAAGUUGUGAUAUGCUAUCAUUUUUUUUGAAGUUAAAAAAAAAAAAAAAAAACCCACAACUUUUUACCAGUACCGAAUACAGAAGGGGGGGGGGAAAUCCGUUCUGUAAAUUGUAUUUAGUUUAAAUAUGAAAGAAAAAGCUGUAUGUGGAAUAGUAAAAGUGCUGACAUUCCCUAGUGGCAGGACUUCCAAGCUGGUUCCUAAGGCUUUCUGCUGCAGAGAGACUCAAAAAGAAAAAGGAAAAAAAAAAAAAAAAAAAAAAAAAAAGGAAAAUGCCGCUGUUAAAUGUUUUUAUAAAACUGCUCCAUCAGGUCUUUACUUAAGCUAUAUUUUCUAAAGCCUAAUCAUCCUUUAAUAUGCUGCAUAUAAAUUAUCAGCAUGGUUGCACUUUCUCAGUAAUAAUGGAUGCCCUGCAAUUGGCUCAUGAUAAGGACUUUAGUUUUUUAACAAAACCAGUAGUACUUUGGGCAGAAGGUAAUAUUUAUAUAGGUACCUCAAGAAAAAAAGAAAAAGAGCCUGAAUAUGCUGCAUUUUGUUCCUUUAACAUUUUUCAUGUAGCAUUUGUUUGCUUUUAUUUUAUUUUUUUAAGGCUGUUCCUAGCUACCUGUUUUGCUUUGGGGACCCCGGUAGCGUUCAGACCGUUGUUUUCCGUAGCGCUCGUAGAAAAUAGUAUCCUGCCUCGGAUGGGCGCAGGCGGCGGGCACGAGGUUGGCUUGGCCCUGCCUUGCGCGGGAGGGGAGGGGGCCACGGGGAAAGACGCUUUACGUAGGGGCCUCCGGGAAAAGGAUACUAUAUUUCUAAAACAGAGAAUACAUGUUCGUCGUUUUUUGUACUUUUUUUUUUUUUUCCUUGCUCGUACGGCUUUCUUGACUCUUUUCUCCGAGACGGCCCGGGCUCGGCGCCUCGGUCUGGUGUUCGAGCGAGCGCCUUUCUACUUCUUCCUUUCCGAGUCGGUGAAAAUCUAAAACGCGCGCAGAGAUGGGGGAAUUUCUUUGUUGAGAACUGUUGAAGGAAGCUUCUAAGGCUGUGAAAUUGAGCAUUUAUUGUCAUGUUUUUAAGCUUAGGUGGGUCCUUUUCCGAGUUUGUUUUACAGCUUGCAAGGUAAAAUAGUUUGCACUACUUUUGCAAUAAACUCAUGAAAAACCUAACAGUUUCUGUUUUGGUUUCUUACUGUAUAUAUAUAUACAACUAAUACUAAAGAUUUAGCAUAGUGUUUUUCACCUCAAAACAUAAGACUUGUAACAAGCUCAGAAUGCUGUAAUUCCUGACAAAAUAAUGAUGUGAAUGAUAUUUUAUAAAGUUAUUUUGUAUGGUGUCAAUUUUGUUUUGCCUCAUAGUAUGUCAAUAAAACAAAGUUCCUCAUCUUUACGA